CCUGCUCCAUUAUUGCCAACGUUUGCCCCGCAGCUCUGCUCUGUGCUCUCUCCUCCGCCAUCGCCAGCCUAAUCACCACCCGGAACAUCAUCAUCUCGCCGCCUCUGCUCCGCCUCGCCCCCCCUGCCUGGUACCUAGUACCAAUCACACAGGCAAGGCAAGGCAAGGCAAGCUAGGCAAAGGCAAACCCCCCCGCCUGCUCGAUUUGAUUGAUCCAUCCUUCCCCCAUUUCCCUUCCAUCGGGAUGGUUCCCGCUGCUACCAGUCGCCGCUCCUCCUCCUCCUCUUCUUCUUCUUCUUUCGUGCCCAUGCCCAGCAGCCAGUACCCUGUGAUCUGAUCCGGGGGGGCAUUGCUCCGCGGCUGGCUGGCUCCUCCAGUCGGGGCAAGGGGCGGCGGAGGGAUGGAGGGGAGGCCGACGCGCCGCUGCGCCGCCGGCACCGCCUCCAGCCCCAGCCCCGGCCGCAACAAGGUCUGGGUCGAGCCGCCGGGCAAGACCCACCACCACCAGACCCCGGCGCGGUCACCGCCCCCGCCCCCGCCGCCGCCCAAGAGGGUGGCCGUGGUGUACUACCUCUGCCGCAACCGCCAUCUGGAGCACCCACACUUCAUCGAGGUGCCGCUCGCCUCCCCGGAGCAAGGCCUCUACCUGCGAGAUGUGAUUAACCGCCUCAACGUGCUGCGUGGGAAGGGCAUGGCCUCCAUGCACUCCUGGUCCUGCAAGAGGAGCUACAAGAACGGCUUCGUGUGGCACGACCUCUCCGACGACGAUCUGGUGUUCCCAUCGCAGGGCAACGAGUACAUCCUCAAGGGCUCCGAGCUCCUGGACCGCUCGCCGCCGCCAGAUCGGCAGCAGAACGGUGUCAGCAACCCAAAGGUCGAGGGCCUCAAGCACCCCAAGGAGGAGUCCCCCCAGUCACGUGGUUCGCGAGAAGGAUGUUCCUCCUCAUCAUCCCCGUCUGCCGCUGUCAAGGAGAUCUCACCUCCGCCUGCUACUCCACAACGGCUACAGCAACAGGCGCAAUCAGCAUUGCUGCCGUCCUCGUCCACUUCCACCAACCAUGAGGAUGAGCAAUGCCAGACAGGCUCAUCUGGCAACCAGUCCCCUGAACCUGCAGGGAGAAAUGCUCCACUAUCAGAGGCAAGCUCCCCAGGACCUUCCGAGUACAGAGUCUGCAAACCCAACGGAGCUCAGGAUGCCGCCACACAAACAGAUGAUUGUGAGAGAGAUGUUCCUGACAAGGAUACUCGCCUGGCAGGACUGUCCAUGGAGGCUGCCACAUCAGAUGCUGAGAUUCAAGAAUGCCACGAAAGGACCUCGCUGGUGUCUCCAAAGGGACCUGAAAUCGUUCGAGAAUCACCAGCAGUGUGUUCGUCUGAUGCUUCGCCUGGUGGCAGAGUUGAGACCUUGGAGUCCCUGAUAAGAGCAGAAGCCAGUAGGAGAAGUAGCUUUAGAACACUAGAGGAGGAGCAUAUGUUUGGUCCAAUGGGUGUGAAACUCAAGCCGGCCAAUUUGCUAAUGCAGCUUAUCACUUGUGGGUCUAUAUCUGUGAAAGAACACCGAGGCUUUGGGAUCAUCCCAACAUACAGGCCUAGGUUUACACAAGUUGAGUUCCCUUCUCCAGUGUUCUCCACUCCUGUGGCAUUGCGACACCUUGACAAGAUCCCAUGUAAUUCAGGAACAAUUGGAAUGAGAGCUCCAGAGUCUGAAUGUUUCAGCGGGACCUUGGUUGAGACCAAGAAGCAGGAUGAGUCUGGGAGAGGAAUUGACACACUCAAACGCUCAUCAUCUUAUGAUGAGGAUAGGGUUUAUAGAGGAGCACAUUCCAAAAGUGACACAGAAAGCUCUGUGGAGUCAGGUAGUUUCAGGUGUCUCCCACAAACUAUCAGGAUUAUAUCUUGUAAGCAAUCGAGAAAUGGAACAAUACUCUCCCCAGCCUCUGACGUGAGGUACAGCUCUAGUCGACAAGAGUAUAGUGCCAGAUCCUCGCCACUGGAUUCAUCAAAGAGUGCAAGCAAUAGGAUGACUGAUCCAUCACUGGGUAAACUAUCUUCUGCGAGAACAGAGUCAUUCCAUGAGCAAAAGGAUGUGAUCAAGAUUGAAGAAAGGCUUCCUUCUGGAGCUCGGGUUAUAAUCCAGUCCGCACCUUUGUGUGAAGAAAGUGACGACAGCAAUGAAUCACUGUAAGGGGACGUGUUACAUAUAUGUUUUUCUUCUUUUUGAUUCAUUUUGCUGAGUACGGCGUUUGUUGGAAGUUGGUGUGCGUGUCAUAGCUUUUGGAGCAGGUUCAAAGGUAUUCAUUUUGUGACGUGUGAAUGUGAUAAUAGAUAGUCAACAUUUUCUCACACCUUGAAGAAGAGAAGAGUUUGAUUUUCCCA